AUGGCCUCGGAUGCUGGCUAUGCGGAGGCUAAGCUGGGCAAGGGCGAGGAUCGGGAACAUAUUGAGGAGAUUGUUCUGGCACGGGUGACAGAAGAGGACCUGUGGAAGCUAUCCGAAGAUUCUCUAAGCCUCCGCUCGUGGACCGGAGUUCGUCUGGGUCUCAUCAUGUUUAUUCAUGGUUGUAACCAAGCUGGCUUUGGUAUCGACUGGGGUGUCAUCAGCGGUAUCAAUGCUUUGGAUCAAUGGCACGGUUACUUCGGUUUCGGGAGCAGUGGUGGCACAUAUGGCUUGAUCAAUGCUCUAAUGCAGAUUGGUGUCGUCUGUGGAGCACCCUUUAUGGGUUUGGCGGACGUGAUCGGUCGUCGUGGAAUCAAUUUUGCCGGAAACGCCAUUGUCAUCUUUGCAUCUCUCAUGCAAGGCCUCGCAACGAACCUGCCGAUGUUCAUGGCCGGCCGAUUCUUCAUGGGCUUCGGCACUUCGCUCAUGUCAAGCUCUCAGUAUAUUGGCGAGAUCUCCCCUAUCCACCUGCGUGGUGUUAUGGUCGGUUUUUUCGGCGCAUGCUUCCAGGUCGGUAGUCUUGCUAUGCUUGGUGCCAUGAUUGGACUUACCGAAUUGCCUGGCAACAACUCCUGGCGUGUUCCUCUCAUUCUUGAGGCUUUAUUCCCCACUAUUGUCUGUCUGGGAAUAUACCUUAUAACUCCCGAGUCGCCCCGUUAUUAUAUCUUGAGGGGCAAGCGCCAGAAGGCCAAGGAAGUCAUCGCCAAAUACCACACCACUAGCACUAACAUCAAUGAGCCAAUUGUCGACAUUGUGGUGAGGCAGAUUGAGGAAUCUCUCGAGAAUGACCAGACGGGCUACAGGGCCGCCUGGGACUAUCGGGUUUUCUUCACCAAGGCGGCCCGUUUCCGACUGCUAGUUUUGUUUUUAUACUCGCUCUUCCAGCAAUGGAAUGGAGGUGGUAUUAUCACGUACUAUAUGGUUCCUUCGUUACAGCAACUUGGCAUCAAGGGCGAGAAGCAGCUACUCGGUAUCAACAUUGGCACCACCGCAGUCUAUUUCGUCUUUACGGCCGUUGGCGCGCUUAUAGUCGAUAAGUUCCGCAGACGAACCAUGAUCUUUGUGGGUCUUAUCAGCAUGAUUAUUUUCCAAACGGCCACGACGAUCACUUCGUGGCAGUACAGUCUCCAUGCCACUACAGCGGCGGCGGCGCUCACCAUUCUCUGGAUUUUCCUUUACCAGACCUUCUCAGCGACAUUUGUUGCAACUAUGCACAACCUGUACCCCAUUGAAAUUCUCUCUUUACCACUUCGUGCCAAGGGAAUGGGUCUCUACGGUCUUAUCCAAGGAGGUGCCGGAGCCGCGCAGACUUACGGAAUUGGUGUCGGUAUCCAAAAAGUGGGGUAUAAGAUUUGGGUCGUCUACAUCGUGUAUAACUCGAUCCAACUCGUCUUGUCGUGGUUAUUCUUCCCGGAGACUAGCCGUUUGUCUCUGGAGGAGAUCAAUACGGUGUUUGAGACCCCGGGAGUCCACCCGGUGAAGAUGUCGUUGGAUAUUCAGAAGGCCAAGAAAGUGAGAGCGGCGGCGAGCCGGGACGAGGAGGGCAGUGCUAAUCGAUAA